AGCAGCAGGAGCAGAAAAUGAAACUACUGCCGCUGAGGCACCACGAGCACGUGCGCCGUGCCCCUCCUCCUUUGUGGCAUCGCCGGACGUUGAUGUUCGGACAGCAAUACUAAGGGCCGAAAAAGGACCACUUGUAAAAACGCAAGCGGCGAUGGGAAGCUCGGCGACAGUUAGGUUAGCAGCCGCUCAGGUCACCUCCGGGACGUUCCGCCGCCUUGCACCUGUCCGCUCCCAAGAGCCCUCUGUGACUCUCCUUGACGUGGGCUCCAGCGGCAGAGUGAACCUGACAGCCCCAGGGUCCCCUCUUAUGAGCUACUCUCCCCAGCUUAGCCUCCAGACCUUCACACUCUGCCUCUGGGUGAAGCCACACCGCCUUCACCGGACCAACAACGUCGUGUACCUUGGCGCCGAUCGGCGACGCCGCUUCAUGCAGCUCUCACUCAGCAAUGGAGCAGUGACCCUUCACACCACGCGUUGCCACCAGCGGUACGAGGUGUUCUUGGGCGUCCGUGUGUGGGACCACCUUUGUGUAGCGCAGGGUCAAGGCUUAACUUUGUACUACAACGGCGCGGCGGUGCCUUCCUCGCCCCUCUGCGCUGCCGGCCAAGGUGAUGAGGACUUCCUCGUCGAGCAGUUCAUCGUCGGAGGUUCGCUGUGGGGCGGCGUGCCGUUCUCUGGUUUCUUGGCAGACGUGAGGCUGUUCGACGCUGCGCUCACCGAGAACGUGGUGCGAGCCGUGGCUGAGAACCUCGCGGCCGCCGUGCCAGUCUUUGAAGUGACAGAGUCAUCGCUCCAAAGUCUGUCGGGCGUGGUCACUGGUGUGGAAAUCGGCGCCGUGGACGUGAAGAGUUUGACAUCAGUUCCGAAUGAAGAAUACUAUUUCUACAUUGAAACGAAAGUCAAUUAUAAUGAUGGAAGAGAUUUGUGUAAAAAUAUUGGAGGAAGUCAAGCCACGGUCACUGAAAGCAACACUCAACACAUUAUGAAUAUUUUAUUAAAACACUCCGACAAGGCUGAGGGUGAGAUGACGGACGCGUGGAUUCAUGUUCCUGGCAAUUCACCCAACAAGACGCUCUCCACUUGUCCCCUGAUGUAUGUGUACCGGGACCCGCCUGCCCUGCUGAAGGAGGAAGGCGAGUGUGAGAUCGGUGCUGCUGUCCUCUGCCACUUGCCUCAGACGCAUAGACUGAGACUACUCGGCCUGGAGAAGGAAAUAACUCUGUACCCGACGAACGAUAACGUCUUUGAGGACGGAGGCAACUACCGCCUAAGAGCAUCAGGCGUCAGCCUUCAGUUGGAAAACGUUCAGUCUGGAAGCAUUAUUUAUGAGAGACCGUUAUCUUCCUCGAAGCAGUUAACGGGUCGUUACAAAUGGAGUGUCACAAAGAAUGUUGCAGAGAGUAACAACAAUGACACGGAGGUAUCCCUGACCCUCACGGCUUGCGGCGAGGGUCAGUUCACCUGUUCGAGCGGUGGCUGCGUGCACCUGAAAGACGUGUGUGACCUUGUCAACGACUGCGAAGAUGCCUCCGACGAGGUUCUAUGCUCCAACAGGACGGCCCUCCCCAGCACCUACAACAAGUUAUUCUCGCCUUCUCAGGGGACACUCAAUCACACAGCAGUCGGCCUCCAGGUGAUUCUCGAGCAGAUCAAUCACAUGGUACUCACCGAAAACUUGCUCAGACUUCUCUUGAGAGUAAAUGUUAAAUGGCGGGACCCUCGGAUUGUCUUCAAGUACCUGCAGCAAAAUUAUUCCGUCGUGUUAACUGAGGAAGUGGUCAAAGAGAUGUGGCUGCCCAGCGUCGACUUGGUCACCGCCACGCCAGACUGCAGAGACAAGAUUGACUUCCCCAAUAACAAAGACAAGACGGUGACCGCCACGGCGCGCACCGACGGCAGCGACACUGUCCUCGGCUACGCAGAGGUGAGGACGUUCCCCGGCGCCCUCACGGACCUGCAUGUUCGGCGGGCCGACGAGAUCACCUUCAUGUGCCACCUCGACCUCUUUUACUACCCUUUCGACAUUCAGAUAUGCAGGAUGCCGCUGAGGCUGAGGACCCAGCAGGUAACGGACACCGCCUGGAAUGCGAGCCAGGUGUCUGCGAGCAUCGGCGACAACUUGAUACUCACGCUUCUCUACGUGCACCAGUUCAACAUUAGCGUGAGCAGCGACAAUGAGACGGCUAUCAUAGUGGUGAAGCUGGGCCGCCGCUUCGCCGCCUACAUCAUCAACACGCUGCUGCCGUGCAUGGUGCUGGAGAUGAUCGGCUUCCUCACGCACGCCUUCCCCAUCAAGGACUUCAGUAACCGCUGCACCGCCACGCUUUCCUGCCUCAUCGUCAAGGCCGCCUUCUUCCUCCAAAUCAGCGGCACCCUCCCGCAGUCGGCCGAGCCCAAGCUGGUGGACGUGUGGAUGUUCGGCAACGUAUUCGUGUUGUCGCUCAUAUUCCUGGCGCACGUGGCCGUCCUGCACGCACAGCGACACCUCGAGGCCGCACAGAGCGCCCCCAAGAAGGACACCAUCGCCUGGGAAGAGGAAGUCCUUCAGAAGGAGAAAGAGUACCCUCUGGCGCGCUACGUCAACAUCGUGGGGCUCAUGACAAGUAUAAUAGUGUGUAUAGCCUUGCUCUCGGGCAUCGGCGUGGCGGCGUCCAGAGGCAAAGCGAACGCCCUGCAGCAGUAAUCGUGGACCUGCUGCUGCUCUGAGGGUUCAUUGCUUGAUGUAAGAGUUAUGAGUAUUUCGCCCCCUGCCUGAUCUUUCUGUGGCCAUACAUCGUCUCUCCGCCAUUCUUCCCUUGCGUUACCCGCGGAAGAAAUGUCUAUGUUAUAUAACGUACAGACA